AUGUCAGCAAACUUGCAAUCCACAUCAAAUGCUCUGAAAGACGCCAACCCGGCAACCAACAAAGAAGCGGAACCAACGCCGAACCCACAAGCAGAGAAACCAGCUGACCCAAUAACCAACCAAGGCAACCAGACCCAAGCAGCGGCGAAGCAACCUACAGCACCCAAACCCAAACCCCCAAAAAAGCAAACUAAGGCAAGUGGGACCCCAGAGGACCCAACCCAAGACAGCCCAGGCAAACCAGCCAAAGAAACGCAAGAAGCUGAUCGAGAGAAAGGACUCCAAAUGGUACUGGGAACAAAACACAUCAUAGAUGUCGACAACCCAAACGCAAACGUUACCAACAACAAGAUGUCAAGGGUGGAGCGACUUCAAGAGGAAGCCAUGGCCGAGAUGUGGGAGACAGCCCAAGCCGCCAAGAAAGCUGGCGACCACGACAAAGCCAAACUUUACCACGCAGGUGCAACCGGACCGACCGGCAAGGCGGGCAGCAGCGGCGGCAACCAUUCAAACGGGAAAGGAGCCGCAAACCAACAGCGGGCUCAAUCGCCACACGACCAGCAAGGCUCAGGCUUGGGACGCUACUCGAGAUCCCAAGGCUACAAGGGUAACCGCUACGAUGCGGCGUAUGAUGAGAGAGGCGACCGAGGCCGACGGAAGGACCAGAGAGGACGGAACUAG